UACGGGGCGGAGACGGGCGGAUGUUGAGUAGUGAUUGGUUGCUGGGAGGCGGGGCGACUCGACCGCCGGAGAAGUAGCCGCAAGCGGAGGCGAGAGCCAUGGGUCAGGCGGCCAAGGUUUUACAGCUCUUUAAAACAUUGCACAGGACCAGACAACAGGUUUUUAAAAAUGAUGCUAGAGCAUUAGAAGCCCGAAUAAAGAUAAAUGAAGAAUUCAAAUGUAAUAAAACUGAAACUUCUGCUAAGAAAAUAGAAGAGCUGAUAAAAAUAGGUUCUGAUGUUGAAUUGAUACUCAGAACAUCUGUUAUACAAGGUAUUCACACAGACCACAAUACGCUGAAAUUGGUCCCUAGGAAAGACCUUCUUAUAGAAAAUGUACCAUAUUGUGAUGCACCAACUCAGAAGCAAUGACUUUUACUAAAAAAAUAAAAUUAUAAGUCUUUGUCAUUUUUUAAUUUUAAAAUAUACAACUCUAACCAAACUCCUGGAAAUGCAGAUACUUUUCUCUAAAAUGGCAUAUUAAAAAUUAGUGAAUUAUAGUUUCAUAAUUAGCUUUCAUGUUGAAAGGACAUUGGUAAAAACUGUGGAACAUAGUUAAGUAUUUCUAAAGAACAUUAGGUAAGAUGACAUUCCAUUCUCAUUGAAAAUCAAACUGCAUAAAGUGAAAUAAAUGGCUAGGGAGUUACAUUCACUUCUCUUUGACCUUGAUGAGUAUUUUGGUUUUAUCAUAGCUAUUUGAGAAUGAAGUAUUUUGACAGGUUGGUGGCUUUUUUCCCAUGUGAACUGAAACUAUUAGAUUAAAAUUACUAGAUUAAAUUAGUGUUUAGUCUCCCAAAAGAUUAAAGAGUCUAAAAGUCACAGUUGUGCCAACACUCCAUAGAAGGUGGCCUUUGUUUCCUAAAAGACUGAAAUUAUUUCUGUAGCUAACAAACAAUAAUACAGUUUCAUUUUAGAGACAGAGUAUAUCUCUGUGUUCCUAAAAGAAAACUUUGAAUCAGCCUUCUGAAGAUAGAUGAAUAAAAUGUCAAAAUCAUGUUUGAUAAAUGAAAUAAAGAAAUCCUGAUUUCUUAAGGAAAUAGUGGCCCUUGAUCAAACUAUAUAAUAGAGGCUUAGUAGAAUUAGCUGCACUUAGACUACAGCUGGACCUUAUUGUGAAAAUAUAAUAUAUGGCUGCAUCCUCUUCAUUGUAAUCAAUAAGAUCCAAAUGGCUUUUUUUUCUUCAUCAUGUUUCAUUCCUGACAAGACUGACAGUAUCACAAAACAACUUUGAAUUCUACCAUCUAAUGGUAGGAACUACAGAAUUGUAUUUAAUAUUCUUGUUUCUCUUUUAUCUGUACAUCUUUACCAUUCUAUUUGCUCAUUGAACAGUGUUCUCUUCAUUCACUGAUCAGUUCUCCCAUUUGAUGACACAGGGUUUUUAAUUUUUACAAGAGUCUCAAUGCAAAAUGCUUUGUUUGUUGGCAAAAACAUACUGGUAUAGCCAUACUGAAUAUAAAUGUCAUAUUUAAAAAUUAUUUAAUUUUAGUAGGUAAAUUGUUGAAAUUAUUGUGACAUUGUACACUUAACAGUAAACCAGAGACUACCCUUAAUAUUACCUAAUAAUUUGAAGAUUAGUUAGUAUUUGAAAUGAAUUAUAUAGGUCAGAAGAUUUGUUAUGUAAUUUUUUAUCUCUCAUACAUAUUUCUUAUUGUGUGUGUGGAAAUUAAACCUACAUAAAAGUAAAAGUAAAAUGCUUCACAUUUUAGAUUUGCCCUUUUAAGAAGAUGCUGAACGUCUUCAUAAUACAAUCACUGGUAAAUUCUCUGACUUACUAUUAUUAUUACCAUUAUUAUUUCUCUAAAUGUCUGUAUUUUAUAUAUUGAGGAAAGUUGAAAUAGUUUAAUAUAUGUCUUAAUUGUUUCAGUAUUAUUUAACAUUUUCUAGAAGUUUCUAUCUAGCUUUUUUCUUUAAUCUGAAUUCCCUUGUUCUGUUCUUCACUCAUGUUAAUUUAAAUAAUCUCAUCAAAAUGUAGUUCUUUAUUUUUGCAAUGUAGUUAUCAUUAGGAACAAUAGAUUAAUAAUUAACAUGUAAACUAAAAUAAUCAAAUGUUUAUUAAAGCUAGUAGCUUAGAUAUUUUAAGACAUAUACUAUAUGUGUAUAAUAUAUUCAUCAUAUAUAUGUAUAUGUAUUACGUAUGUGUGUGUAUUUAUAUAUUGUGUGUGUAUUUAUGUGUGUGUGUGUGUGUAUGCAUUAUGCCUUUGAGCCUUAAGACUAUGCCAUAAAUUUCAUUUGUAAUAUACCAAGAUAUCAACAAUAGGUUUCACUGUCAUAAAAUUUUUAAAGAUUUGGCAUCCUAUCCUUAAAUAGCAUGUAUUUAUUAUUUCAAAUGAAUUUUAACAUUAUGUAAUAGUUUUAUUAGAUCAGUUCAAACAAUUUAUGAGAUUUUGGCCUGUUGUGAAACAAAGAUUGUCAGUACUCUAGAGAGUAAAUUUUGAGAAUAAUGAGUAUCUUAGUGCCUGACUUCUCUAUGGUACAAUGUCAAAUUUAAUUAAAUCUCUUUUAGUUAGUUUAAAAAAGACUUCCUGUGUUCCCAAAGGGAAUUACCCACAUCUAACAUUUCACUUUGACUGUUGAAACCUAUUGAAAGAAGAUGGUACAAACUCUAAUUGCAGAUAUCUAGGCUCAGAGGCCCAGCAGGACUUUGUAAAACAAUCUCUUGGCAGAAGUUAGAAAGGGUGUAUGGCAGGAGAAUCAGAUUUGGCAGGCAUGUGUGAGGAAGAAUCCUUCACUAAAGAUUUGAAGUUAAGGGAAAUAGGAGAGAGACCUUGCAUAACAUUUGGUUCAGAACAUUGAAGUAAAGACUUGAGUCUAAUUGUGUUUAACUUGGUCCUCGUUUUGCCUACAGUUGCAUAUUUUAACACUGGUACAAUGUCCAAAAAAAUGCAAAGUAAUAAGAAUAGGUAGAAUAACAAUCAUUUCCCUGUAAGCACAAAGCCAUAGGUCAACAAAGAAAUGAAAAUUCCAAUUCUUAAGCAGAAUUUUCUAAAAUGAAAGUAGAGAAAUACAAAAUUAACUUUACUAUAUAUAAGGAGUAACGUAUGAGAAGUGAAAUGGAAAAAAGAUCCUGUUUAUAAUAGCAAACAAAAUUAUAAAAUAAGAAGCAACUUAAAAAAAUAUAUAGAAUUUAAAAAUGAAAGACAUACUGUAUUCCUAGAUGGGACAGUUGAAAAUUGUGGAGACGACUAUUCUUUAAAAUGUAAUCUAUCACAAUUCCAACAGAUUGACAGAUAUGUGUACAUAAAAAUAUAGAACUUUUAUAUUCCGUGAAAACUACUAUAAAAUUUAGAGAAAGUAUUUACCAUCUAUGUAAUAUUUAAGAUAGGUAAGAUAUAACAUGCUGUUAUAACUCAGCAAAAGAUAUAAGACCAUCACUAGCCCAUUUAAUGAUCAGAGAAAUAUAGGUUAAAAAAAAGGAAACAGUUUUUUCAUCAAAGUUGCAAAAGUUAAAUUGGUCAUAGGCAGUAUAAGUAAAGGUGAUAAGCAUAUGAGAAAAUGGGCACUCUCAUAUAUUUCAGGAAGGAAUUAAGUUAUAGAGCCUUUUUGAAAGGGAAAUUGACAUCAGAAUUUAAAAUAACCAUAUUCUUCAGUCUAUAUCCCAGUGGCUCACAAGAAUACUAAUAAAUGUACAGUUAGGUAUAUGUACAGAAAUUUCGUUAGCAUUGUAUAUAAUUUUUUUAAUUGAAAAUAGCCUAUAUUUUCAAAACUAGGGGAACAGUGAAAGAAAAUGUGGCUCACUCAUAGUCUGGGAUAUUAUGCAGAGGUUGAAAAGUGUGAUGUAAAAAAUAUAUAUGUAUGUAAAUAAAUAUAUAUGUCAUGUGAAAGAAGUAAGUUACAGAAUUUAUAUUCUCUGUGAAUCCACUUAAAUACAAAAGAACUAUUUUUGCACAUAUUUGUGCAUAUAUAUCUAUAAAUAUAUAGAAGUAAUACAUGCUAAAUGUUAGUAUUUAGUCUGGGAGGAAACUGAGAUUUGGAGAAAGGGGCUAGUAAACUGAGGACUUUUAUUCUGAUAACUCCUGCAUGUUUAUAUAUUUUUUACAAUGUUUAUAUUAAUACAUAAUUUUAAAGAACAGUAAUACCUAAGCUACGAGUGAUUUUUUAUUUAAAAUUUUAAAUUAUUAAAUAUUUAAAAUAUCAGCAACUGGUACAUCAGACUCGUAAACCUGAUUCCCAUGUUUAACAAUGUUACGUUUUGUCAUGUAUAACGAAUAUCUUCUUUUAAAAAAAAAAAAAGUUUUUUAUUUUAGUUGCACUGGGUCUUCCUUGCCAAGCAUGGGCUUUUCUCUAGCUGGGGCGAGCGGAGGCUCCUCUCUAGUUUCAGUGAGUGGGCUUCUCUUUGGGGUGGCUUCUCUUUUUGUGGAGCAGGGUCUCUGGGGCACACUGGCUUCAGCAGUUGCAGCCCCCGGGCUCUAGAGCGCAGGCUCAAUAGUCGUGGCACACAGGCUUAGCUGCUCCGCAGCGUGGCAGAUCUUUCUGGAUCAGGGGUCAAACCUGUGUCUCCUGCAUCGGCAGGUGGAUUCUUUACCACUGAGCCGCCAAGGAAGUCCCCUCCUUCCUUCCGAGUCUUUUAUUUUCCUGUCUCAUUUCAGAGAUAAUUUAUAGUUGGUGGAUCUCAUUCCCAUACUUAUUUUAUACUUUUAUUAAAUGUGUGUGUGUUCAGAACAAUAUGUAGUUUUGUUCUGUGGCUUUAAAAUGCAAAUGAAUAGUGUUAUGCCCCAUAUAUUCUGCAGCUUACUUUUUACCACACAUUAAGUUUUGAAAUGUAUCUAUAUUGUUGGAUAAAUAUCUAGCUAUUUCACUUUUAUGUCUUAUUCCAUUGUAACAAUAAGCUAGUUUAUUUAUCCAUGUCUCUUGAUAAGCAAUAGCAUUGUUUCUUUUUUUUUUUUGAUACUGCAAACAAAUUUGCUGAAAAUGCUGGCACAUGGAUUCUUGCACCAAUGUAAAAGUUUAUCUGAAUAUAUACCAAGAAGCAGAACUGUUAGGCAUAAUGUAUGUACAUAUUCUAGUCUUCUAGGAAUUUAGUAACUUUACCAAUUGAUACUCCAAUAACAUGUGCAGGAUUCCUUUUCUCCAUAUCCUCACUGUUGUUAUGUAUGACUUUUCUCACUUUUGUCAAACUGAUGAAGAUGAAAAGGUAUCACAUUGUUUUAAUCUGCAUUUCUGGAUUCCUGAUGAGGUGGAUCAUCCUGUCAUGUUUAUGGUCAUUACAGUUUUCCAUUAUGAAUGUGUACUCAUAUCCUUUGUUCACCUUGCUCUGUUGGGCUAUCUGGCUUUUCUUACUGAUUCUUUAUAUACUCUUGCCAUUACUCCUGUGUUGGUUAUCUGUGAUGCAACUGCCUUUUUCCAGUACAUAGUCUGUCUUUGAAUUCUGUGAUAAGCCUGUAGUUUGGGGCUUUAUUUUUAGUGUAUUCAUUAAAAAAAAAUAUUUUCCUUUAUUAGGUUUGCAUUUAUAGCUUUUUAAGAAAUUCUCUUCUACUCCAAAGUCAUAAAGAUGUUCUUGUGUACAUUUUCCUCUGAAUAUUGAUGUUUUGCUUUUUAUGUUUGGGCCUUUCUUCCAUCUAGAAAUUAUUUUUGUUUAUGAUAUGAGCAGGAUAUAUAUAUAUAUAUAUUUUUUUUUUUUUUUUUAAUAAGGUGACAGUUUGCUUCCAUCACUUAUUGAAUAGCCCCCUUUUUUUUUUUUUUUUUUUUCUGGUACCAUGUAAAGCUACUUUGAUCAUAUCCCAAGUUACUGUUUGACUCAGUCUAACCCUCUUAGCUAUUCAGGGACUUUGCUCCUACAAUUCUCCUCUCCUUUGCCAAAUAUUUUUUCCCCUCUGUUCACUGGAUUGUUCUCAACAGCAUUCAACAUUCUGAAAUAUUUCCCAUCUUAAAAAAUUUUUUCUUGAACCCCAGCCUCAAGCUUCAGUACCACUAUUCUGCUCUUCCUUGUCCUAAGAAGUUUCUAUAUUUUCUGUCUCUUCUCUGUACCCAUUCUCUCUCAUACAGACUCAGUCAGAAUUUAAUCCCAACCACUCCACUAAAACCCUUCUUGUCCCAGUUACUGUUGACCUCUGCUUGGAAAGUCUCAAGGUCAGUUCUCAAUUCUUGUUUUAUUCAUUCUAUCAUCAGCAACUGGCAUUAAUUGAUCAUUCCCUCUCUCUUGAACAAAGACCUAGACACAUGUUUAUUGUAGACUUAGCACGAGUAGGAUACAGCCACGAACCAAAGCAAAAAAAAUGCCUCCCUCGUCAUCUGUUUAUAAUUUUAGAUACACUCUCAGCCCUUCUUGAUGCUGCUCUCAGCCGUCUCUGGGAAGAAUAACCUGUGUGAACCACCUGAAAUGGCUCCUGUACCCUCUGACUUACGGUGGGUUCAGCCAGUGGGGACCCUGACCAGAGCUCAGGAGGAGGGAAGAGAGCAAAGGCAAGUGCUUCUUUUCCUGACUGUGCCCCUGAGAGACUGCCUCACGCGGCGUCCCUCAAAGUUUCUCUCAGGGUGACCUCUGUACAGCUCUUUCCUUCCUGUUUGGAUAAGAGCUUCCCUCCCAUCUUCAUAUCUGGGGUAGUAACAUCUUAUCUGCUACUAUCCAUGCGAGUUACUUUACACAUACAGUUUUGUAAACAGUUCGUUUAUAAAUAAAUCUUCCUCAAACAUAUAGUACAUCAUUAUUUCCUUUGGAGACUGUCACUGCCCUGGGGGAGCUUAACUUUCUGUAGGUGAGAGACAUAUAAUAAACACAACUUAAAAAUAAAUUAGAAGGUGAUAAGUAAUAUGGAGAAAGAUAAGGCAGAAAAGGGAGAGAGGAAAGCUAGACCAACCAUGUUGCAGUUUUAAGUCCUGAGAUCAGGGAAGGUCCAGCUAAGGAAGUGAUAGUUGAACCAACAUGAAGGAUCUGAGAAUCGAGCCCUGCAGAUAUCUAAGUGAUGAGCCUUCCAAGCAGAGGAAACUGCUAAUGCAAUGUUCCUGAGACAGGUUCUCAUCUGCUGUGUUUUAGGAAUCAGGAGCAAAGUGAUUAUAAGUGGGGAGUAGUAGGAGAAAAAGUCAUAGAAAUGAUAUGGCAGAGGAGCGUAGAUGCCAGAUUAUAUAGGCCGUUUUUAAGGACUGGAUUUUGCUCUGAAUAAAAUGCAGAGCCAUUAGAUGGUUUUGGGAAGAGGAGUGAUAGGAUCUGAUUUUAAGUUUUAAAGACAUCAUUCUGGCUAUUGUGCUGAGAAUAGGUCAUGAUGGCAAAGAUGAAUGCAGGGAUUCCAACUAAAAGUUUCUUGCAUAUCAUUCUGGGUAAGAGAUGAGAGUGGCUUAUACCAGAGUGGCAGUAGUAAUGGUGGUGAGAAGUGGCAAAAUUCUGGGUAUAUUUUAAUAGAUGUCCUAGAUUUCCUGAUGGAUUGAAAUGAGGUGAAAGAAAAGAGUCAGGCAUAAAUCCCAAGGGUUUUGACCUGAGCAGGUGAAAGGAUCUUGUUGCCAUCAAUUGUAAUGUUGAAAAAAACAAGAUUUGUGAAAAAAGAUUAGGUGUUUCGUUUGGGGCAUGUAUUAACUGGGUCAGGAAGAUCUGGAGUAAGAAAUGGCAACCCACUCCAGUAUUCUUGCCUGGAAAAUUCCAUGGACAGAGGAACCUGGCGGGCCACAGUCCAUGGGACUGCAGUGUCAGACACUACUGAGCAUGUACAUAUCAUUAUUCAUUGAAAUAUCUGAAAGAUAUCCAAGUGUAGAUGUUAAUAAGACACUGGAUUAAGAUCUGUAGUUCAGAAAGUGGUCUGGGCUGGAGAUACAAAUUUGGGAGCCAUUAAUAUAGAUAAAAUAUUUGCAAUCAUGAUAUUGGAUAAAAUCACCAAGAAAUUGAUUAUAUAUAUAGAAGAAGAAAUGGAGAAGGAAAUGGCUACUCAUUCGAGUAUUCUUGCCUGGGAUAUCUUAUGGACAGAGGAGCCUGGCAGGCUGUAGUCUGUGGGGUUGCAAAGAGUCAGACAUGACUGAGCAACUGAAUGCACAUGCAUAGGAGAAGAGUCAAUGAUUGAGUCUUUUGGGGCACUCCAGUGCUAAAAGUUAGAGAGAGAAGAAACAACAAGCAUAAGAGACAAAGAAGUUUCCAAUAAGGUAGGAUGAAAACAAAGCGAAUAUAGAACAAAAGUUAUCAAACUAUAGCUCACAAGGGCCAGAUCUGACCCACUGUCUUUUUUUUGUAAAUAAACUUUUAUUGGAAUACUAUCAAACUUAACUCAUUUACAUCUUCUCUUUGGCUAUUUUCAUACUACAGUGGCAUGGUUGAGUCAUUUCAACAGAAACAGUAUGAUCCACAAAGCCCAAAAUUGCUAUCCGGCUCCCUUACAGAAAAAGUUUGUUGGCCUCUGGUAUGUAGAAUCUUGGAAAUCAAGUCAAAAGAGUGUUUCAUUGACAGGGAGUGACUGCAUUUGUGAUCAUGAUUAAAAUUCCAUUAGAAAAACCAACAUGGAGAUGACUUUGGUGACUUCAGCAAGAUAGUAUCAGUGAAAUAAUUGGAGAAACAUACUCUUGUUGAUUAUUCCCAGAUCUCUAAAUUUAUUGUAGUCACAGUUAAAAUUGCAGUAGCAUUUUUGUAAGGAACUGGUAAAAUUUACUCAACUUUAUGAGGAAUAAUAAAGGUUCUUAAUCAGCUAAAUCAGCUAUGACAAAAGAGUAAAAUUGGGUAUCCAUAUGCAAAAAAAUGGAGCUCUGGUCCAUGCUUGGCACCAUAUACAAAAUAAUCUCAAAAUCAAUCAUAGAUCAAAAUAUAAAACCUCAAACUGUAAAACUUACUGAAUUAACAGGAGAAAUCAUUGUGACUUUGUUUAGGCCAAGAUUUCUGAGCUGUGACACCAAAAGCACAAUACAUAAAAGAAAAGUGAAUUGGAUUUUGUUAGAAUUUAAAAAAAAAAAACUUCUCU